UGGUAAAAAACCAAGCAGUGCUAACCCGUCGUUGUCGGUCCGCGAGCGAACUCCAAGGCAUUCUGAUCCCUUCCCCUCCUCUCUCUCUCUCUCUCUCUCUCUCGCUUGCUCGCUCUCUCGCUCUCUAUUCCUUUUCCUCUUUCUAUAACCCCGAGGUUUUGGGAUUUGCCGGCUGCAACGAUGGGUGGCGGUAGCCAGUUGAUCUCUGUUCAUCCCGAAGAGCUCACUUUCGAAUUUGAGCUGGAUAAGCCAUCGAAUUGCAAUCUCAAGGUUGUCAACAAUACCGAACAUCAUGUCGCCUUUAAGGUCAAAACGACGUCACCAAAGAAAUACUUUGUUCGGCCAAACACAAGUGUGGUACAGCCUUGGGAUUCAUGUACCGUAACAGUCACCCUUCAAGCACAAAAGGAGUUUCCACCUGACAUGCAAUGCAAGGACAAAUUUCUCCUCCAGAGCACGAAGGUGCCCCCGAACACCGACAUGGACGAGCUCCCUCCGGAUACGUUUAAUAAAGAUGGCGAUAAGGUGAUAGAGGAAUUGAAGCUUAGGGUUGUUUAUACGGCUCCAUCGCAAUCUGGCCAUGGAAACUCAGAAGGGGAUUUGGACCUUACUUCGAGAAGCUUGAAACAGGGUUCUGAUAAUCUCUCGAUGCUUAAGAAUUCAAGUAUUGAAGAGAUCCAAACAGUUCAGCGUCUGAAGGAGGAAAGAGACACCACUCUUCAACAGAAUCAACAGUUACAGCGUGAACUGGAUGUGCUGAAGAGGCGUAGAAACCGCAAAAGUGAUGCUGGCUUUUCAUUGACCUUCACUGCAUUUGUUGGGCUAGUAGGUUUGUUGGUUGGCUUCGUAUUGAAUUUUAUGUUUUCUUCACCACCUGCUGCAUAAAAUUACAGUCCGCGACCUUGAAAUUUCGUAUUACCUGUAGUGCUUGAGAAAUGGAUUGUUGGUAUUUUGCUCUUCUUUGCAAACCUCACUCUGUGGUCCAUGUUUCUCUCGGUUAGUUGAAGAACUUGGUUGCAAGUGAUGUGGUCAAUGCAGCCUCAUCAUCAUCCCCUCCCCCAUUCUCCUUCAGCUUAAUGACUUGAUAUGUAUUCUUUUGUUAUUUGCCUUGUAACAUGCUCUAAAAGAACUAUGAAGGGUGUGACUUCAUCACUCCAUAGCUAAUCCCGUGAUUAUUCAGUCUUUUCCUCUUUUUUUGGAGAGCUUUUUGCAUACAUAUCACAAGUUGUUUGGGAGUAUUUAUUGUAUUGAUUGUUUGGAAACAAAAGCGAUUGCUGUGCAAGUUUA